UGAGUUUAAACUAAUACUUAAUCUGUGGCUACAACGAAAUAAUAAUAAAGAAUUCUGUGUCCGGUGCCGGUCCGGUGUUUGUUAUUAAAGAUUGCCGAAAUACAUAUAAAUGUAAAUGAUAUUUUAAAAUACGUAGAAACGAUAUUAUUAUAUACUUAAAAAGAAAAAAUGACCGAUUUACCGUAUCAAGUUGAAUAUGCCAAAUCUGGUAGAGCGGCAUGUAAAGCUUGUAAGAAUAAAAUUGAUCAAGGUGUUUUGCGAAUAGCGAUUAUGGUGCAGUCAGCUUUUCAUGAUGGCAAGCAACCAAAUUGGCAUCACGAGGAAUGUUUCUUUAAAAAGAAAUGUCCAGAUAGUAUUGCUGAAAUUGCUAAUUUUAAUAAACUUAAAAAUGAAGAUCAAAACAGAAUUAAGAGCAUGUUGGGCAAUUCAUCAGGAAUUGUAAUGCCCACUGAAAAAGGUAAAAAGGGCAAAGCGUCGAAAAGAGAUAACAGUGAAAAGGCAGCACUAUCAAAUUAUUCUAUAGAAUAUUCUAAGUCUAGCAGAGCUACAUGCAAGCAUUGUGAUAUUAAAAUUUGUAAGGAUGAAAUAAGGGUGUCAAAAAUGGCAUAUGAUCCAAAGUACGGUGAUCAUCCCACGUGGCAUCAUCUUAAUUGUUUUGCUGAGAAAAAAAAUGAAUUCUUAUUCUUCGCUGGUGGUGAGGAUCUUCCAGGCUUUAAAAAUCUCAAAAAGGAAGAUCAGAAAAUAGUUAAGGAUACUAUCAAGCCUUGUAAAGCAGAUGAGGUGCCAGUGAAAAAGAUGAAACUGGAACCAAAAGAUGAAGGGGAUAUAAAGAAAGAAAAAGAUUUACAGAAAAAAAUCGAAAAACAAAAUAAAACAUUCCAUAAAUACCGCAGUGCACUCAGUGAACUCUCCAAGAAUGAUCUCCAUGAGUUACUUGAAAGUAAUUCACAAGAGGUCCUCAGAGGUCGAGAUGAGUGUUUGGAUCAUUUGGCCGAUAUGAUGACAUUUGGUAUUCCUGAACCGUGUCCUGAUUGUAAAGGGCAACUUGUGCUGGACACAUUUUAUUAUAAGUGUACAGGUAAUAUAAGUGAGUGGUCAAAAUGUAGAUAUACAACUAAAACACCCAAGAGGAGAGCAAUGAAAGUACCUAAAGCAUUUCAAGAUUGUUCAGCGUUCAAUAAAUUUAAGUCAAAGUGUAGUGACCGAGUGUUUGAAAGUGAACCGCCUCCUAGCAUUGCUGUUGUGAAAAAGGAAGACCCAGAAAGUUCCCAAAGCAGCAAACCUAUUCCGCCUUUGAAGAAUCUUCAAUUUUUUAUUUAUGGUAAAUUUAAAACUCCUAAAGAAGAUAUAAAGAAACGUAUAUUGAAAUUAGGAGGUUUAGUUGUGAGCAAGUUGACAGACACACUUGCUGCUGUUAUUUCCACUAAGGCUGAACUCGAAAAGAUGCACCAAGAUGGUCGGAGUAAGAUGGCUGAGAUACAAGAAAAAGAUAUUGAGGUUGUAGAAGAAUCAUUUUUGGAUUUAAUAGAUCCAGCUACUGGUAGUGUUACCAAAACACUAGAACUUAUAAAAGAAAACAAUAUUUCGGAUUGGGGCUCUGACCCAACGAAACGAGUUCCGCAAGACGUCAUCGAUGGAAAGUCUAUACAAAAGUCUGGGAGCAUGUAUGCAAAAUCUAAAUCUACUGUUACAAAACUCAAAAUCAAAGGCGGCUCGGCCGUGGACCCGGACUCUGGCCUGCAGGACGAGGCGCACGUGGUGGCGUGCGGCGACGGCGGCAAGUACUCCGUGGUGCUGGCCAAGACCGACGUCGUCGCCGGCAAGAACUCUUACUACAAGCUGCAGGUGCUCAAGGCGGACAGCAAGGACAAGUUUUGGCUAUUCCGAUCGUGGGGUAGAAUCGGUACCCCUAUUGGAGGUACUAAGGUAGAAGAUUGUAAGACACUCCACGAAGCAGUCGAAAAGUUUGAAGAUCUUUACAUGGAAAGAACUCAGAAUCCGUGGCAGGAGCGUCAAAAUUUUAUCAAGAUGCCCGAGUCGUACUACCCCAUCGACACGGACUACAGCGAGGACGCGCCGGCCGCCGCGCUGCAGCUGGACGACAAGUGCGCGCUGCCCGCGUCCGUGCAGAGCCUCGUGCAGCGUAUCUUCGACAUCGACUCCAUGAAGAAGACCCUGCUGGAGUUCGAGCUUGAUACUGAGAAAAUGCCACUUGGAAAAUUGUCGAAGAAACAAAUAAAAUCCGGAUACAGUGUCCUGUCAGAGUUACUUAAGUACAUUGAGAAAGGCAAUACGAGUGAAAACAAAAUUAUUGACGCUACAAAUAGAUUUUACACGUUAGUGCCGCAUAGUUUUGGAACCGAUAAUCCACCACUAUUGAACAAUGUUGAGAUUAUCAAAACUAAAGCCGAAAUGUUAGAUAACCUGCUGGAAAUUGAAAUCGCCUACAGUUUACUUAAGACAGAAAAUGAGGAUAACGUAAGUCCGAUCGAAGCUCAUUACCGUAAACUGAAAGCUGAAAUCACUCCACUGGAUAAGAAGUCCGACGAAUUUGAAAUGAUACUGGAGUACGUGAAGAAUACGCACGCUGCUACACAUUCCAGUUAUUCCCUAGAAGUACAAGAGGUAUUCAAAGUUGUUCGUGAAGGAGAAGAGAAACGAUUCAAGCCAUUUAAGAAACUGCACAACAGAAGAUUACUGUGGCACGGGUCGCGAACCACUAAUUUUGCAGGAAUUUUGUCUCAAGGUCUACGUAUCGCACCGCCGGAGGCCCCGGUGACGGGGUACAUGUUCGGAAAAGGCAUUUACUUCGCAGACAUGGUCUCAAAGUCUGCCAAUUAUUGUUGUACGGAUAAAAGAAAUAACAUUGGUCUCUUAUUGUUGAGCGAUGUGGCUCUUGGAAACAUGAAGGAGUGCCGCGGCGCGGAGUUCGUGACGCAGCUGCCGGCGGGCACGCACUCGGUGUGGGGCGUGGGCCGCACGCAGCCGGACGCGGCGCGCGCGCGCGCGCUGGGCGACGUGCUGGUGCCGCUCGGGCCGCCGCGCGCGCACGACGUGCCCACCUCGCUGCUCUACAACGAAUUCAUCGUGUACGACGUUGCACAAGUGAACGUCAAGUACUUAAUACAAAUGAAGUUUAACUAUACGUAUUAAUAUUCGGACACAUUUCUUAUGUUUCUAAUUUUUUACUUUGUUGUGAACAUUUUACUUCUUUUUUGUCUACUUAAAUAUCAUGUUAGUAGUUUACAAAGCGAAAGCCACAGAAGAACUUUUUUUUGUUUGCAUUGUCAUCUUGCUUAUCAUACUUUUUGUUCUUGUAAUAAUUAUCUCGUUAUCAUAAUGAUAAAAAUUAUGUACAAUUGCAUAUUGUUUAAUAAUUGUCUAUUGAAUAAUUCAAUUAUGUGAUUAUAAUUGUUAAUAACUAAAAUUUGAUUUUUCAUAA